UUUGUAAUAAUUUUUAUAAUGUUUCGUACACCUGUUUAUACUACCAUCAAUAUGUAUGGCUACCUGUGGGACCAGCCUGCCGAUACGAAGACGAUUAUUUUGGAUGAGUUCCCGCUUGCAGAUUUUCGCGACAUACCUCUCACUCGCUUCACCGAUCUCCAGUGUUUGUCCGCGAAUGCUUGUGGAGUGUCUUCUCUGCUUGGUUUGACACCGUUACCCAACCUGACGUAUCUGCAACUCAACGACAACCUGCUGGGGUACUCCACCAAUCCCCAUUUUGAGAUCCUGGCGACGGCGACACCUAACUUGAAGCGACUGACUUUGGCCCACAACGGCAUCAGCACCGUGGAUUUCUUGGAGCCUUUGAAAAACCUACCGGCACUCCAUACCGUGGACCUGUUCCGCAACAGUGUGAACCGGACCCAUUCCAGUGAAUUGAUCCGUGUUAUCCCACAGGUUAUGCGAUGGACUGGAGAGGAUGGAGACGUCGAAAGCGAGAGCGAUGAAGAGAUGAAUGAACCCGAGUCGGACCAUGGCGAGGACGAUGAGGAUGACGAUGCGUCAAUGGCUGGCUCAGACCGUACUUGGUUGCUGUCGGACGAUGAUGUGGACCACAUUUCCGACUCCGCCUCGGACGUAGAUGAAUCGGCCUCGGAUAAGGACGCGGAUAAGAUCCCGGACUCGGCCUCGGAACCUGACGGCGACCGCCAAGACAGCGACGACGACGUGAUUAUGCUUAAUUAGUUAGUUGUCUUUGUGCGUUUUUUUCUGUUUUCACCCCCUCGGAGACCCCCUCGGUAACCAUAUAACGGGUGUUAUGUAUUCAUUUUAUUUGUGGUUAACUAUCUCAUGGUUUAUUGUUCUGUUACUGUUCGGACACCCCCUCGGACACCCCCUCGGAAAC